AGCGGAGCGAGGCGCGCUGCCGUCCCGGGUCCGGCGCGGAGGGCCAAGGAAGCGGCGGCGGCGGCUGCCACGCGAGGCCGGGGGCGGAGAGGCGGCCUCCCGUCCCCCCUCCGGUGGCUCUACCGCCAACCCCGCGAGGGCAUUUGCUUCACCUCCUGCUGGUGCGGAAAAGAUGUCCCGCGUCCCCUUGGGAAAAGUCCUUCUGCGGAAUGUCAUUCGCCACACAGACGCCCACAACAAGAUUCAGGAAGAGUCCGAAAUGUGGAAGAUACGGGAGAUGGAGAAGCAGAGCCAAGAGAUACCCUGGGGCAGACACGAGAGGACUCUUCUGAACAGCUCCAGGAGUUGUAUCCAGAAGAAUUUGAUACAGACAGCGACCGGGAACCAGAAGAACAAAACUCCGUGAAUGGCAAAAGGAAAUCUCAGUCGGGCAAGCCGAGUUCCGCGAAGCUGCACAAAAGGAAAAAGGCCAAAAAGUCACACAAGAAGAAGCAGCAGAAAAAGAAAUCACACAAGAAGAAAAAGAAGAAGAAACGCCAGGAGACGCUGAGCACGGCGGCGGCAGCUUCUUCCCAGGAGUCCGAGUGUUCGGAGGGAGAGCCCCCCAAGAGGAAGAAGAAGCGCCACAAGAAGGCCAAGAAGGCCUCGGAGCAGCCUCCCGAGGCCUCGUCCUCAGAUCCAGGCAGCGGCUCCAGCAAAGCCAGCAGCUGCGCCUCCAGCCACUCUGGGGACAGUGACUCAGGGGAGCCGGCCAGGAAGAGGCGGAAACGGCAGGCUUCCCUGUCCGAAAGAACAAGCGACAGGGCGCCGGAGAAGCGCAACAAGAGGAAGAACUGGAAAGUGGCGGCUGACGAGAACUCCGAGGACAGCUCGGAGGAGGAUUAGAACCCAGCUCCAGGACACCCACACCCACACACACACCCCUGACCCAGCCCUGCUUGGAACAAACUCGGAUUUGGUUCUGCUGGCAGGUGCAGGGGGCAAUUUGAGUUUUCCAUGGGCCAGAGAGAAAAACAAAGGCUUGGAUUUCUUUUGGCUGCCACGGAUUCUAGCCGGACAGUCCCUCUGUUGUCGUCCCCUCAUCAGGAUGGGCCUUCCCAUGGCAAAGUUCCGCUCUUGAAGGCGGCAGGAAGGCUGGAUGGUUAGGUCUUCCCCCUUUGCCUUUGACAAAUCACCUGUGGUUUAAUUUUUGUUAUUCGCGAAGUCCUGCAGGCGGAUUGCAAUAAAAGGACGAGGGAGAGAGGUGAGGAAGUGUUCCCCGAGCAGGUAGGCAGGUCUCGCUCUCUGCUUUGAACGUGCCCUCUCUAUAGAGGUAAGGGGGGAGACUGGCUCGGAGUAAACCAAACAGCCCCCCCCCCCCCUGCAGCCUUCGUGGUCGACUUAAGUAGUCACCUCUUGAAGAAACGAGAGACCACCGCCUCUCCCAUACGUGGAAGAAUGCAGGUCAUCCUAUCCAUCCACUUGCCAUUGGGGGACCAGAUCGUGUUCUGGCUGGCCGUGCCCGCUUCUUAAAUUAUCUCUUGCUGCCCAAAGUUAAUUCCAGAGAAAAUGCAGAGUCUCCAGGUUCUUGUAGCUGAAUUAAAAGGAUGAGCAAGAGGGGGAGGAUUUAUCUUUGUGUGUGAUACCGAAUUAAGAGCCGUGUUAUGGGUGAGAUUUCUUUCUCUUUUUUGGGGGGGGGGUAAAGCUCUUCAUGGCUUUCUAAUAAUGCCGAUUAAGUGGCUGUGGAAGGACAUUCCAAGGAUACAGCCCAAAUCACAUCUGCCUCCUACCUCCCCAGAUACUGCUAAUUUAACUGCUAAUUUAACUGCAGUUCUGCAAGAGGGACUAGGCACCCUGGCGGGAGUUCAAAGCUUCCUUAACACACUGUUCUUCCUGAAAUGGGGGGGGGGGGAGCCUUGGAAAUCAACAAAAGAGAGAGAUUUACUAAAUAUGCCUUUACACACUGAGCAGGUUUGUUGAAAACUGAAGGGCACUAACACAGAACAGUUCUCUAUUGCUGGCCAUCCCCAAUUCCCCUUCAUAAAGUUUUGGAAAAUACUCAACUUCAACCUUCUGCCAGCUUUGUAUUUAACACCCCUCCCCAAUUUGUCUAGCAUUAAAACAUCUGUGGAAUGACCCUGUUCUAAAAUGUAGAAUGAUAAGCUGGGCUUUUUUUUCUUCUUCUUUUUUUGGGUCCUUUGUGUACAGGGAUAUAAAAAAGUAUUUUUGGAAAUAACUGUUGCUACGAGAAGCGAAGCCAUUGAAAUUGUUUCUAUGAAAAAUCAAAAAACUUAUUUUUUUAUACAUACAAAAACACUGGCAUGAGUUGAUUUAAACGGUCUGCAGAAAUAAAAAGUGUUGACUUCAGCCAAAAAAAA